AUGGCAAUUCCUCCCAAGCGUGCUCGUUUCUUGAAGCCUGGUGAAGAAAACUUGGUGGCUACUGAAGAGAUUGAUGAGUUUCCAGAAGGUGCAGUGGUUGCCGACGUCUCCGGAGUGCAACAGGUCGACCAGCAACGCCAAAGUUUGCCAACCUUUAGGUGGCGAAGUCACUUCCUCUAUUUAUUGGAAACCUCAAGGGUCGUCGUGGUAACGGGUGAAACUGGUAGUGGCAAAUCAACACAACUUCCGCAAUACGUAUAUGAAGCCGGAUGGCUUCGCAAAAGUUCGAAGUACAUGGCCGUUACGCAACCUCGGAGAGUUGCAGCAAUCACUCUAGCUGCCCGUGUAGCAGAGGAAAAGGACUGCAAGCUGGGGAAUGAGGUUGGUUACCUCAUUCGUUUCGAAAAUUGUUUCAAACCCGGAAAAACCUCAAUCCUCUACAUGACCGAUGGAAUGCUUAUUCAAGAAAUGACUAGAGACCCAAUGCUGAAGGACUAUCGGGUUAUAAUGCUGGACGAGGUUCACGAACGCUCACUACAAGUGGAUUUGCUGCUUGGCCUGGUCAAGAAAGUAUUGCGCAAACGCCUUGAUGAUUUACGCGUGGUUGUUUCAUCAGCAACGCUUGAAGCACAAAAUUUUAUUGAAUAUUUCAAAGACUUGCACUUGAAAGAUGAUGGUGAAUCGGUGAAAAGCAAACUAACUCCAGUGUCUCACUUGCAUGUGGAAGGAAGGCAGUAUCCUGUUAAAAUAUUCUACCUACAGGAUCCUACGCCAUGCUACGUGACAGAAGCACGAAAAACCGUCUUUAAGUUACACGAAACUCGCCCACUCGGGGCUGACAUCCUCGUCUUUUUAACCAGUCAGGACGAGGUCAAUCGUCUGGUUGGCGAAAUAAUCGAAGAAUACCGCGAGAGGAAGGAGCGCUUUCUCCAGUCGAAGGCCGCUUCUCGCAACGCAGUUCGUUAUCCACCUCUGCGAACCCUUCCUUUGUACGGCGGCCUGCCGGCCCACGAACAACUCCGCGUUUUCGAUCGUCCCGUGCGCGUGUGCCGAAAGGUGGUUGUGGCGACUAAUGUUGCCGAGGCCAGUGUCACCAUCCCGGGCAUCGCCUACGUCGUCGACUGUGGCUACGCCCGUCUGCGGGCCUACAAUCCACAAAACGCCCUUGAGGCUCUCGUCACGGUGCCGGUGUCUAAGGCCUCGGCAAAUCAGCGCGCGGGCAGAGCCGGGCGCGUUCGUGUUGGGGAGGUCUAUCGCCUGUACACUGAGGAGGCCUAUCGAAGCAUCCUACCUCGGUUCACCCCGCCGGAGAGUCAGAGGUGUGACCUUUCCGCUGCCCUUCUACGACUCAAGUCCCUCGGCGUGGACAAACUGGCUCAAUUUGAUUGGCUACCACCCAAGCCUCCUGUGCGGCAUUUAGCUCAGGCAGCUGAGCGACUGGUUUCACUGGGCGCGCUCUCAUUGACUGACGGGUUUAGGCUCACCGUGCCCAAGGGGGCUCAGUUAGCUAGUCUGUGUUCCUCUUGCGGUGUUGGGGACCCUGCCGCAGCUGCUGCUCUUUUGGGUGCUGUGGAAGAAGGCUGCACACGAGAAAUUGCCGCAAUCGUCUCUCUAAUGCAGUUGCAGCACGUAUUUGUGGCGAGUCCGAACUACAAAAAGACGGCAGAUCGUACCAAGCGGACGCUCUUCGGCACUCUGUCUGGCGACCAUCUGACCGAACUCAAUGCCUUCACUGCCUAUGAGAUGAAAGUUGAGGGAGGUGAAAGUGUCGCCGACGUGAAGCGCUGGUGCCAGUCGGUGGGGCUGAACGCGAGGGGCCUCCAACACGCUCUCUACAUUCGCGACAAGAUCGCCGGUGUGCUGAAGCGCGCCAAGCUCCCGUGGGUGGCUGCCGAACCACCGGGAAACUCGCUUCCGAUUCUUCGUGCCCUUCUUCGUGGAUUCUUCACACAGGUGGCCUUUCUCGCGCCCUCAGGAACGUACUACCUGACGGUGAGAGGCGAUCAUGCGCUGCGGCUUCACCCAAGCAGUGUGCUGUAUGGAGCAACAGCACGCUGGCCCAAGUGGCUUCUCUUCACCCGUGUCCACCUCUCGGCAGACCUCAGUGCUGACGCCACGCCGUCGAAUCCCGCGGAGUCGCUGGGCACGUGCAUUUCCGGUGUCAGUGCUAUCCAACCUGACUGGCUACUUGAAUUGGCUCCACAUUACUACCAAUAUGGAACCGCAAGGGAACAUGCCCUGAAGUAG